GAUGGGUCGUCUGCGCGCACCUGGGGCCACCGGAGACAUGCGGAGGCAGCAGCUUUUAGCCCGCUUCCACUCUGUUUCAUGAUAGCGAGCCGUCGUGUACCUGCCCGGGGAUGGGGAGAAGCACAUGGAGCUGCGGCGCCUUGAUCCUGCUGGCCAUCGUUUGCUGGUGUCGCGCCGCCACUCUGGAGUCCAUCCACUGGAGUGGCUCCAAUGCAAAAUUUACUCCAGGUCAGGGUCUCGUCCUGUACCCUCAGAUAGGGGACAAGAUGGACAUUGUGUGUCCCCGGGUAGAUGCUUCACCGGGGGGAAAGGAGGAGUUCUACAGAGUGUACCUGGUCUCUCGAAGUCAGAUAGAGCGCUGCGCCAUCGACAAGACGGAUACACCCCUGCUGAACUGUGACAAGCCUAACCGGGAUGUCAAGUUCACCUUCAAGUUUCAGGAAUUCAGCCCCAACCUGUGGGGUUUGGAGUUCCUCAAGGGGAGGGACUAUUACAUCACUUCCACCUCUACCGGGGCUCUGCAAGGUCUGGAUAACACUGAUGGAGGGGUGUGUAGAACCAAAUCCAUGAAGCUUGUGCUGAGAGUUGGCCAAAGCCCUUCAGAUCCACCUACAACCUUCCAGGAGUCCCCCACCAGAUUCCCACCCACACGACCGAGGUCCAAGAGCAAGGACACCUCUGCGAAAGAGGAUGACGUAAAAAGCAAAACUGAGGCGGGCUCGGAAACAGGGCAAACAAACCCCAGCGGCAGCGGCGGCUCUGCGCCAGGACUGUUCAUGUGGGUUUUCUCUGGCUGUGCGAUCCUCCUUCUGGUCAUCAUAAUUCUGCUGGUCCUGCUGUGGAGGCACCGUCACCGCCACUGUGUCCCAGAGAGCCAGCAGUCUGCCUCCGUUUCCCUCAACACUUUGGCUGUGCCGAAGCGGGACAGCAUUAGCAGCGACAACAACGGCUCCGACCGCAGUGAUGUUGUCUUUCCUCUGAGAGCCUCUGACAGCAUGGUCUGCCGUCACUAUGAGCGUGUGAGCAGUGACUACGGGCCCCCUGUGUACAUAGUUCAGGAGAUAACGCCCCAGAGUCCCACCAACAUCUACUACAAAGUCUAAUGUUUGCUGCUCUAAGUCCAGUCUUUUGCUAAUAUGUUGAGAAUCAUAAAUGUCAGCCAUUGUGGACACGCUCAGGCUACAGUCUAUUACACAAUGCUCCCGUGGCUACAGUUUUAAAGUUUGUAGCAUAUGUCUCGGAGCUGUGUUGCAUUGACCAUGGACAGGAAAAUGUCAGUCUUAUACUUGUUCAGGUCACACUGCACCAGGUGCAGAAAAAGCUCUUGAACCACUUUGUUUUCUUAGUGAAGAGACAAUCAGAGAGAAAAUUGAUGCGUCAUAACGUAUCAUUCACUAGUUGUGUUCAGUUUGUUUUGUGAGAUAUGUCUGGAAGUGUGCAGCAAAUGCCGGUUUGUUUUCGUUUUUAUUUUACAAAGAAAUCAGCUGUUCCUCUCUGCCGCUGAGUGUGGCAGCUUCACAUGUACAGUAAAUGUGUAUUUUAUUUAGUUUACUGAUAAACUGGGGGGGAAAAAAAGAUUGAUAUUGCACUCUAACACACUAAAUUUGU